GACUAAGGCGGUAGCCAUGAUUGUCUCUAGGGCUCCUGCAACCCAAAGCUUCAGGCACCUUUUCUGCUUGACCCCACACCACCUCUUCCUGUUUUUAGUUGGGACCUUGGCCAACAAACUCAAUGUGCCGCAAGUGUUACUGCCGUUCAGCCGGGAGCCAGGCCGGGUGCCCUUCUUGCUGGAGGCGCAGCGCGGCUGCUACAGCUGGCAUUCCACUCACCACGAUGUAGUAACCAUUGAGCCUUCUUAUGAAAACGGCACCUCUUGUUCCCAAAGAGCUGUUCUUGUUGCUGAAUCCACCCAACCAAUCCGCCUCAGCAGCAUUAUUCUUGCUCGAGAAGUAGGCCAGAAGAGGACACCAUACCUCAUUACAGAUGGUUGUGAGUCACCAUGUGGUUGCCGGGAAUUGAACUCAGGACCUAUGGAAGAGCAGGCAAUGCUCCUAACCACUGGGCCAUCUCUCCAGCCCCUAACGGCGCUCAGGCGGUCAUGCUCCCACUGGAACACGUUCAGCACUCUGGCAGGCAUGGUGUUUGAGUGGAGCAUUGCCCAGGAUAACGAGUCAGCCAGAGAAGAGCUGUUUAGCAAAAUUAGGAUCCUGAAAUUCUCAGAAGCAGAAUAUUCUCCCCCUGACUAUAUAGUUGAGAUGGAAAAAGAGGAGCGACAAGGAGAAGUGGUUUUGGUGUCUGGGAUGAGAACUGGAGCUGCUGUUGUGAAAGUCCGAAUUUAUGAGCCAUUCUACAAGAAAGUCUCAGCAGCCUUGAUCCGUCUGCUUGUUCUGGAGAACAUAUUUCUUAUACCAUCUCACGAUACGUAUCUCUUAGUAGGAGCCUAUAUUAAAUACCAGGUUGCAAAAAUGGUUCAGGGAAGAAUGACAGAGGUGAAAUUUCCCCUGGAACAUUACACAUUGGAAUUGCAAGACCACAGAUGCACGAAUAACCGCUCUACUUCUGGGAAAGUGGCUCUGCUGGAUGAGAAAACAGCCACGGUCACCGCUCUCCAGCUGGGCCAAACUAACCUGGUCUUUGUCCACAAAAGUGUCCAUAUGUGCUCUGUAUCUGGACUGCCAAACGCUACCAUAUGUGUCGUAGAGCCUGGAUAUUUAGGUUUCACGGUUCAUCCUGGCGGCCGAUGGAGUCUCGAGGUGGGCCAGGUGUAUGUCGUCACAGUUGACGUGUUUGAUAAAAGCAGCACAAAGGUUCAUAUUUCAGACAAUCUCAAGAUCACGUUCCAGUUUCUGAAGGAAUAUUUUGAAGAGCAACUAAGUACUUCCAAUGGAUCUUACCAUGUGUUGAAAGCCCUGAAAGAUGGGGUUGCGAUGAUAAAUGCGACCCUGACUUCCAGCAUUCAGGAGGUAGGUGUCUCAACAGCCAGCCAAUCCCUAGGAGCCCUGGCAGGGCGGCUUUUCCUCAAGAUAUAUGUCAUGAAGCUGAACAAAAUGGAACUGUUACCAUUUCAAGCUGAUGUAGAAAUUGGUCAGAUUAUUGAGGUCCCCAUUGCAAUGUAUCAUGUCAAUACAGAAACCAAAGAGACCAUCGCAUUCACCGACUGCUCUCACCUACCCCUGGAUCUCAACUCGGAUAAGCAAGGAGUCUUCACUCUUUAUAAAGAAGGUAUUAAAAGCCCUGGACCGGAGCACUGUUCUAGUGUGCACAUAGCAGCCAUGUCUCCAGGCCACACUGUGGUGACAGUCAGCGUGACUGGGCAUGAAGAGCAGGUUGGGAGCAGCGCCACAUUUGCCGCGUAUGAGCCUCUAAAGGCUGUGAACCCUGUGGAAGUGGCCUUGGUGACGUGGCAGUCUGUGAAGGAGAUGGUAUUUGAAGGGGGCCCUCAACCAUGGAUCUUGGAGCCUUCCCGAUUUUUUUUGGAACUGAGCAUGGAGAAGCCAGAGGGCAUUAGAGUAACAGAGGCCCGGCUGCCAGCUAGGAGGAAGCAGAACCAGUAUGUCUACCGAGUCCUGUGCCUGGAGCUAGGAGAACAAGCCCUCACUGUACGGAUUGGGAAUCACCCGGGUGUCCUGAACCCUAGUCCCUCUGUGGAAACAGUGCAGGUGCGCUUCAUCUGUGCCCACCCUGCCAGCAUGCUGGUGACACCAGUGUACAAGGUGGCAACUGGCACUCAGCCGUGUCCUCUGCCACAGUACAACAAGCAACUGAUUCCUGUGUCCAGCCUGAGGGACUCGGUCCUGGAACUGGCAGUAUUUGAUCAACAUGGGAGGAAGUUUGAUAAUUUCAGUUCAUUAAUACUUGAAUGGAAAUCUUCCAAUGAGACGCUAGCCCAUUUUGAAGAUUCUAAGUCGAUGGAGAUGGUAGCCAAAGAUGAUGGCAGUGGACAGACCCAUUUGCAUGGUCACCUCCACCAAGUACACUCUUUGGAGGUCAGUGUGAUCUACGGAGUGAAUUACCUAGGUUAUAGCAAGUCAGGGCCAGAAAUCUCCAACUCGCCCAGAUCUGCAGUGGCAGAGCUGCUCCUGGUGGAGGAUGUCACUGUGAGGCCCGAGAACGCUACCAUCUACAACCAUCCUGACGUGAAGGAAGUAUUUCACCUGGUGGAAGGGUCUGGCUACUUCCUAGUCAACAGCAGUGAGCAAGAUAUAGUCACCAUCGUUUACGCGGAAGCAGAAAGCUCUAUCCAGGUGGUUCCAGUCCAUCCUGGAUUUCUAACCUUGGAGGUGUACGACCUGUGCUUGGCUUUCUUGGGUCCAGCAACUGCCUGGCUCAGGGUGUCAGACAUACAGGAGGUGGAGCUGGAUCUGAUCGACAAGGUUGAGAUCGGCAAAACCGUGUUAGUGGUUGUGAGGGUUCUUGGCUCUUCCAAACACCCUUUUCGGAACAAGUACUUCAGAAACAUGGAUGUCAGACUUCAACUGGCGUCUGCCAUUGUCACCCUGAGGUUAAUGGAGGAUCAGGAUGAGUACUCUGAAAACUACGUGCUCCGGGCCAUCACCGUUGGGCAAACCACACUUGUGGCCACUGCCACAGACAGGAUGGGAAGAAAGUUCACAUCCACACCGCGGCACAUCGAGGUAUUUCCUCCAUUCAGACUUGUUCCGGAGAAAAUGACGCUGGUUACAACUAACAUGAUGCAGAUAAUGUCUGAAGGCGGCCCUCAGCCGCAGUCCAUCAUCCACUUCUCCAUCAGCAACCAGACGGUAGCUGCUGUUACCAGGCGGGGACAAGUCACAGGGAAAGUGGUUGGCACAGCCGUCGUGCACGGCACCAUCCAGACAGUGAAUGAAGACACUGGCAAAGUCAUCGUGUUUUCCCAGGAUGAAGUCCUGAUUGAAGUUGUCCAGCUACGGGCUGUGAGGAUCCUGGCAGCCGCAACCCGACUCGUCACAGCUACUGAGAUGCCAGUUUACGUCAUGGGAGUGACUAGUACCCAGACUCCUUUCUCCUUCAGCAAUGCCAGCCCCAUGCUCACUUUCCACUGGUCCAUGAGUAAGCGAGAUGUGCUGGAUCUGAUACCCAGGCAUUCAGAGGUGUCUCUGCAGCUUCCAGCAGAGAACAACUUUGCCAUGGUUGUUCACACAAAAGCAGCUGGUAGAACGACAAUCAAGGUCACGGUCCGAAGCGAGAGCGACUCCUUUGGGCAGUUUGAGGGGAGUGUGCUGGAACUGUCUGACGAGAUCCAAAUUCUGGUGUUUGAGAAACUCCAACUCUUCUAUGCAGACUGCCAACCUGAGCAGAUUCUGAUGCCUAUGAAUUCUCAACUCAGGCUCCACACCAACAGAGAAGGCGCCGCCUUUGUGAGUUCCCGUGUUCUCAAGUGCUUCCCGAACUCCUCAGUCAUUGAAGAAGAGGGCCAAGGGCUCCUGAGAUCUGGGUCCAUCGCAGGCACAGCAGUGUUAGAAGUCACUUCUAUAGAACCUUUUGGAGUCAAUCAAACAACCAUAACUGGAGUCCAGGUGGCACCAGUGACAUACCUUCGAAUGAGCAGCUACCCCAAGCUAUACACAGGCCAAGGAAGGACCCUAUCAGCCUUUCCCUUGGGCAUGUCUCUCACCUUUAUCGUUGAGUUUUAUAAUAACAUUGGAGAGAAAUUCCACACCCACAAUACUCGACUUUAUAUGGCUCUGAACAGAGAUGACUUGCUGCUCAUUGGACCAGGAAACAGAAACUAUACAUACAUGGCCCAGGCUGUGAACAGAGGGGUGACGGUUGUGGGGCUCUGGGACCAGCGGCAUCCUGGCAUGGCGGACUAUAUUCCUGUUGCUGUAGAACACGCCAUUGAGCCAGACACCAACCUUACCUUUGUUGGUGAUGUCAUCUGCUUCAGCACUCACCUGGUCAAUCAGCAUGGUGAGCCUGGGCUGUGGAUGAUUUCUCCCAACAAUAUUGUACAGACAGACACAGCCACUGGAGUGGGAGUGGCUAGGAGCCCAGGAACUGCAACCAUCUUUCAUGACAUCCCUGGAGUUGUGAAGACAUUUCGAGAGGUGGUAGUCAAUGCUUCGUCAAGAUUAACAUUCAACUAUGACCUCAAGACUUACCUCACAAAUACCCCCAAUGCAACUGUGUUCAAACUCUUCAUCAGCACCGGCAGAAAUGACGUCAACCUUAAAGGGUCCUGUACCCCAAGUCAGGCUUCCGCUGUUGCAAAAGUUCUUCUUCCUGAGACACUCAUGCUAUGCCACGUGCAGUUCAGUAAUACUUUACUAGACAUCCCAGCAAGUAAAGUCUUCCACAUCCAUUCUGAGUUCAGCAUGGAGAGAGGGGUCUAUGUCUGCCUAAUCAAGGUUCGACAGAAUUCCGAUGAGCUGCGCCAAGCCCUAAGUGUGGCCGACACCUCGGUAUAUGGGUGGGCAACUCUGGUCAGUGAACGAAGCAAGAAUGGAAUGCAAAGAAUCCUCAUCCCUUUCAUCCCUGGUUUUUACAUGAACCAGUCAGAGUUGGUUAUUAGCCACAAAGACAUUGGCGAGCUCAGAGUCCUGGGAGUGGAAAGAGUUCUCGAGAGUCUAGAGGUCUUUUCCAGCUCCCCAUUUCUAGCAGUCUCUGGCCACAGGCACUCUACCCUCAUGACAGGCCUGGUUAUCUACCUAGUAAGAGCAGUCAACUUCACAGCCUUCCAGCUGUCCUCACCGGUUUUCAUUAAUGUUUCCUGCGCACUCACCAGUCAGCAUGAGGCUGUGGUGGUCAGAGCCAAAGACCUAUCUGGUUCAGAUCACUGUGAAGAUUCAGGUGUCUUCAAGAAUGUUGCUGGUUCUUACCAGAUCCUCCUAUUUACCCUCUUUGCUGUGCUGGCAUCAACUGCUUUCAUCUUCCUAGCAUACAAUGCCUUCCUGAACAAGAUACAGACUAUUCCAGUUGUUUAUGUACCAACUAUAGGAACAGCUCAGCCAGGUUCUUACACAACCACAUGUUCUCCCCCUCACUUCCUGAGGCCACAGCCACCUCUGGUACAGAGUCGGCUACAACACUGGUUAUGGAGUAUAAAGCACUAACGUCAAUAUGGACACAUCCCCUUUACUGCAGAAUGGAGGGGAUACCUAAUUCUGCAGAAGCCUAGUAGCCAACUUUACACUAAAGCUCCAAAACAAGCUUUCUAUGUGCUAUAAAUAAAGAAUCUUAAGUAGUUUUAGUCAAAGUCAUGUUUUGUAAAGUUUCUGGAGCCACAACAAGCCCUGGGUUUCUGUUCCUAGCACCACAUAAAUUGAUAUGGUGGUGCUAGGGGAGGGGGGGUCCCCUGCUACAGAAGACCUGAAACUAGGUUAAGACCCUGUCUAAAACAACACACCUACACCAGUAACCCCAGCUGUUCUGAAUUUGCCUGCUUCUUCCAAGUAGUGUGUACCACCAUUCCCUGAAUGUUAAGACCCACCGUCACACACCUUUGUAUGACACAA